UUUCACUAGAGGACAUGAAGUCCUCCAUCUAAUGGCUAUCGUUCGUAGUGCCCCUUGAAAAUAUCCUAAAUCCCCUCCACUCCUCACAUUUCAAAACCACCAAAGCCCCUUCACACUUUUCCCCUCAGAUCUAAUUCACAUUCUUCCUUCCCCCUGCAUUUCCUUUUUAUUCCAGAAAUCCGGAUCACCAACCAUCAUGGCGGCGACGGCGCGUGAAGAGAACGUAUACAAGGCAAAACUGGCCGAGCAGGCGGAGCGGUACGAGGAAAUGGUGGAGUUCAUGGAGAAAGUAUCAGAGUCUUUGACGGAGAACGAGGAGCUGACUGUGGAGGAGAGGAAUCUUCUGUCAGUGGCGUACAAGAACGUGAUAGGAGCGAGGAGGGCGUCAUGGCGGAUCAUAUCGUCUAUAGAGCAGAAGGAGGAAUCGAGGGGGAAUGAGGACCAUGUCAGCACAAUCAAGGAUUACAGAUCUAAGAUUGAAUCGGAGCUUUCCAAUAUUUGCGAUGGAAUUCUAAAGCUGCUUGAAUCUAAGCUCAUCGUCUCGGCAUCUUCGGGUGAUUCGAAGGUGUUCUACAUCAAAAUGAAGGGGGAUUAUCAUCGGUAUUUGGCUGAGUUCAAAACUGGUGCUGAAAGAAAAGAGGCUGCUGAGAGCACCCUCACAGCCUACAAGGCUGCUCAGGACAUUGCCAAUGCAGAACUUGCGCCGACCCAUCCAAUUCGACUUGGACUGGCUCUGAACUUCUCUGUGUUUUACUAUGAGAUUUUGAACUCUCCUGACCGUGCUUGUAAUCUUGCGAAACAGGCCUUUGAUGAAGCAAUUGCCGAGUUGGAUACACUAGGCGAGGAGUCCUACAAAGACAGCACUUUGAUUAUGCAACUUCUUCGUGAUAACCUCACUCUAUGGACCUCUGAUAUGCAGGAGGAUGGAGCUGAUGAGAUAAAAGAUGCUCCAAAUCACGAUGAUGACCCACAACAGUAAGGGUAUUCGUCCUUGAAGGAGAUUUUCACUUUCUAUUGGUUGCUUUUAUUUGGGGAAGCUGAUUUUAUUCCUUUCCCUGCUAUUCUGGAUUUUAUUCUUAGAAAAGUUCUUUGUUACUGAAUUGUGCUUGAUUGAUAUAAAUGGCUCUCCCUUGCAGCCUCUUUUAAUUGUAAUAAUUUGAAGUGAAUAGUUACUUAAAUCGAUAAUAGCACCAUGAUUCUUUUAUA